GGGUGAGACGAGAGAAUCGAGAGAGAGGUGGCCUUGCAUAAAAACCUCCAUAAAUACGACACAGACCAGGAAUUUCUCAAUCUUACCGACAAGGUGUGCAUGGAAACAGACUGUUAAAGCACAUAACUGGGCAGCACAUCAGAAGGCAGCUAAAGGGCCAAGAAAUGGCCGCUAGAAGCUUGCUCGUUCUCCUUGCCUGUGUCAUGGCGCGCGAGGCGAUGUGCCAGCAGCCCAACAUCAUCAUCUUCCUGGCGGAUGACGUGGGCUGGGCGGACCUGCAGCGCCACGACCAACAGAUGCGAACACCCAACAUCGAGCGGCUGGCGAGGGAUGGAAUGUUCCUCAACCAGUCUUACGUCUUGCCCACCUGUGCACCCACACGCUCCGCACUUCUCACCUCCAGAUGGCCGUACACAAUCGGAAUGCAGGUGAACCAAAUUAAGGGAACAAAUCUCGCGUGGCUGGACGAGAACUUGACUCUGCUGCCGCAGACCAUGAAGCAGCUGAACUACUCCACCCACAUGAUCGGCAAGUGGCACCUGGGUCACUGCAACUGGGCCCUGACGCCCACCCGGCGGGGCUUCGACACCUUCUACGGCUUCUACACCAACUCCAUGGGUUACUUUAACCACUCGGGCGAGAGCGAGGACCGGUACGACUUCCGCGACAACGACGAGGUGGUGUGGUCCGCCAGGGGGCAGUACGCUCCGGAGUUGCACACGGCGCGUGCGCAGCGCAUCAUCCGGGAACAGCGGCGGAGCAGGACGCCCUUCUUCCUGUACUACGCCAUGCAGACCGCGCACGCGCCGUACGAGGCCAAACAGAAAUACAUCGACAUGUGCAGUCACGUGACUAACCGGAAGCGCAGGAUCCACUGCGGGAUGGUAGCGGCCAUGGAUGAAAGUAUCGGUAACAUCACGGACACUUUGGAAGCUGAGGGCUGCCUUGACGACACCAUCAUCCUGUUCGCCUCUGACAACGGAGGGCCGCUGGAGGGUGGUUCAUCUAACUGGCCGCUGAGGGGACAGAAGUCAACGUUGUGGGAGGGAGGGACUCGGUCGUUUACGGUCCUCAGAAGCCCCAUGUUGAGGAGGCGAGGUGUGACCUACCCGGGCUCGUCCACGCCGUGGACUGGUACCCCACCUUCGUCCAGGCUGCCGGUGGCACACCUCCAGCAGGUUUGGAUGGUAUCCCGAUGUGGAACACCCUGCGGACCGCAUCACCGAGUCCGAGAACUGAGAUGGUGUACAACUUUGACGACGAGAGUAACCGAUAUGCCAAUUCGCGAGGGCGACUGGAAGCUUUGUAAAGGACGACCUGGGAGGAAGUACCUGGGGUGGUACCCUCCUGCCUCCAUGCCAGGACUAGCGUGGGAAGAGGUCAAGAGACAAGACGUGCCUGAGUGGCAGCUGUUCAACAUCGCGGUUGACCCCGAGGAGCGUCACAACGUGUACAACGCCCCGGAGAACCAGGCGAUUGUGAGCAGAAUGAAGCAACUGAUGGAGAACUACAAACGCAGACUGAGGCCGUUCAGGAGAGCAAGGAAAGAACCCAGGGGAAAGGCCAAAAAUUUUGGUGGGGUGGAGACUCCUGGGUGGUGCCAGCUGGGUACGGCAAGACCUACGAGUACUACGACCCGUUCGUAAACUGCAGCUGACAGUCGGAGUCUUGCUCGGUCAGUUAACCUGACUCGACUGCAUUACUUAUUCGACUUACUUAGAAGUGCGAGGGUCACCUUGCUCACUUUAGUGAAGAUAGAAGAUUAGAACAGCAUUGUUAUUCACUGUCCUGUCCUUAUAAACUGUCAUCUUGAGCUCUGCCUAGAGAGUUUAGAGUAGUACAGCAAGACGAAACACUUUACAAACAUCGAGAGUUAAAAUGUAAAUAUUAUCCUUACUACAUUAGAGAUUUGUAAUGAAUACUUCUUCAUUUGUUGACCAAUAAUUUAUCACAUGAUCGUUGCAUACUGAGGAGCACCCUAUACGCAGUUUUCUAAUGCCAGGGGAAAGCACCCAUAUUGUGUAGUGUUUGUUUCUCUCGGACUAACCUCCCUUUCCUUGAUUGUCCGAUCGUUUGCUGAAAACUGCUACUGCAACAUAAUAAGUGAGUGUUCACACAAACCCCAGUUUAAGCAAUAAAGUAUUGCUCUGUAGCAACGUUUGGAUUCUUUUUUCUGGUUUCUUGUUGAUUGUUGUUCAGAAUUUUUCAAUGUUUAUAUAUUUAUAAAAUUUGCAAACUUAGUCGUCAUAUUGUUUGACGAUCAUUGUUACUGUUUACGUGACGUUUUCUUCAGGUUUAGUCGAGUAAACACAUUACGAUCGUAAAUAAAACUUCAAUGUA